GGGCCCGGCGAGCGGGCGGACGGCGGGGACGGGGCGCGGGGUCCGCGCGUUGGUACCUGGCACCAACAUUCUCCCCUUGGCUCUGGCUGUGAGGAAUGGCUAUGGAGGAUCCUGAGAGGAAGACUGAAGUGGUGCUGCUGGCCUGUGGGUCCUUCAACCCCAUCACCAACAUGCACCUGAGGCUGUUUGAGCUGGCUAAAGACUAUUUCCAUGAAACAGGAAAAUACAAAGUAAUCAAGGGCAUCAUUUCACCAGUGGGUGAUGCAUACAAGAAGAAAGGUCUGAUCAGUGCAAAUCACCGAGUGACAAUGGCAAAACUGGCUACAAAAAACUCGGAUUGGGUGGAAGUUGAUGAUUGGGAAAGCAGCCAGAAUGAGUGGUUUGAAACACUAAAAGUUUUAAGGUACCAUCAUCAAAAGCUUUUACCUCCUGAUGCCACUAACAGUCUGGAGGAUGCUGUGCCCUUAACAAAGCUGGGACGAAAGAGGAAACAGGAACCAAAUAGGCACGAACCCGUUAAAAAGAGAAAUCAGAAUCCAGAUAUAAAAAGUGUCCCCCAGGUUAAACUGCUCUGUGGAAGCGACAUGCUGGAAUCUUUUGGGAUCCCCAAUCUGUGGAAGUUGGAGGACAUCACUGAAAUUGUGGAAAAGCACGGCCUGGUGUGCAUCAGCAGGGCUGGGAACAACGCUCAGAAAUUCAUCUACGAGUCUGAUAUUUUGUGGAGACACAAGAACAACAUUCACCUGGUGGAGGAAUGGAUCACAAACGACAUCUCCUCCACCAAGAUCCGGAGGGCCCUGCGGAGGGGGCAGAGCAUCCGCUACCUGGUGCCUGAUGCGGUUCGAGCUUACAUUGAGAAGAACAACCUGUACAGCCCAGAGAGUGAGGACAGGAAUGCUGGGGUGGUCUUGGCUCCCUUACAGAAACAUGCAAGUGACUCCAAGAACUAACAGACACUGAACAACUAACUCACUGUCUGCUGGGAAAAAGGCUCCAGUUUGGUGCAGGAGAGUGUUUUCUAGGGGUUGGUUCAUUUUUUUUGGGUGCAUAGUGGGCUAAUUCCAUGGCUUUAGUACAUCUGUAGUUGCUGUUGAGGUUUGGUGCACUCAAUGAUUGGACCUCCACCAUCUUUUUCAAGUCCCAUAGUAAGAUUUUCACGUUUAAACAUUUAGUCACAGUGCACUGAAGUGAGUAGAAGAAUUCACACCAGCAUAUGAGAAUUGCAAAUUAAUAAGCAAAACAAAUGAAAAUGUUCUGAUUGGUUUUAAUUCAAACUGCUCCGAUUGCUAUUUAUAAAAUACUAACACAAAUAUUUUUGAUAACUUACAGCAUCUUAACAAAGCUAUUUAAUUUCUAAGGUACCAUUUACUGAUAGUAAAUCUGUGUAGCUGUAAUUGCCAAUAUGUGGUUCAUCUUAAAGAAAUUAUUUAGUUCUGUUCUGACAGGGACAAAUUUCCUCCUGGCUGAAGUGGUGCUGGGUGCAGCCUGCUUGGAGCUGCUUGUCUUUCAAAUAUGCAGCUGCUUGUUUGCCAUCAUGCAAUUUGCUCCCAGAAAUGUCUUGUGCUUUACUCUUCUAUUCAUGUUUCCAGGGCUGUAGUUAAGCUCAGUAUUGUUUCUGAUGGAAGGACAAACCUACCUCAGAAACUGAUUCAUAGCCACUGAUUUGAUAGAGAGAAAUUAAUAAUAGCGCCAUUGCACUGAUUCUCAGAUGGUUGUCCCUUUAUUGCAAAUAAUAAAUUUCUUUCAAAUAAUAAAAUACCUUUUAUGUUUGAGCCAUGAGAACAAUAUAAUGGUAUAUAGCCAGAAUUGUUUUCUGUUACUGCAGUUGAGAGGAAAUUGUAGGAAAUUAGUACUGUACAUAAGUGAAAUGUUCUUCUUUGCUAGAAAUCUGGGUUUGAAUCCAACAGUGUAUUGCCUGUAUUAUGUGAAUAUAAGCUGGAGAGGCACUGUGAA